UCAGUAGAAUAUAAAUCCUUCUGUUAUGCAGUCAAUUCAAUGUUCAUUCCAAACGUUCCUGUCAUAGCAACUCAUUUAGGUAAAUGGGUUCGCAUUAGUCCUCAUAAUUUGAAAGACAUGCAAUUCAGACUUGUUGACUUUCAAGGAGAGCCUGUAGAACUGAAGGCACCAGUGCGAAUGACUGUUGAAGUUGACUUUUUAGAAAAUAUUAAAUGCAACAGCUUACAAGAGAACUCAGAGCUAAAAAUAUAA